UAAAGCGCUAAGCACUCCCAGUAUUUUUGGUAUAUUUUAAUAGUAAAUUGUUAGAAAGAUUAUUGAUUAUGAAUAUGAGAUCCCUUAUUGAUUGCAUUAAAAUCAGACGCUGGAUGGAGGACACGUUGGUCAUCUAAGUUUGAGGUUAAGUGCGGCAUUUUGUACAAGUGUGUUAUUAAAAUAUUUUACAUAAAACACAAAUAUAAUGAAAGCUUUUUCAUAAACAAGACGCUGUUACGAAUUAAGUGUUAAGUGUGUUAUCGACCAUAAUAAAAAAUGAUCAAAUCUUUUGCUUCCGAGUACAUUUUCAGAAGAGCAUACAGUGUUUUACAGUGUACCCGAUUCUCGACGGCCUCACAGCCAAUAACAGAAUCAAAAUUACAAAGUUUUCGUUCUGAAGAAAAUGACCCAUUAAAACACACAUUAGACCACGUGGGUCAAUUUUACCGUAUUCCUGAAGAAGAAAAAAAUAUUUUUCUGUAUGGAGGGUUACCAAAGUCAUUUGAAAUUCAAGCAAAAACAUUUAAUGAAACCUGCUUAAUGAUUCGUAGACCAUCAGUCGAUGUUAUUAAUUGCUUGAAGUUGAUUGAUUAUACAAAACCAACUGUGAGGUUCGUCAUUUUUGGUAAAAAAGGCAGCGGGAAAAGUUUAUGUUUGGCUCAUAUUUUACAUUAUGCACAUAAAGCCAGAUAUCUAAUAGUUCAUGUACCUUGGGUGGGUAAUUGGAUGAGAAGAUGCAAAGAAAUAAGCAGUUCAGAGACUAGAGAAGGUUACAUUGAUCUUAAUAUAGAUGCAGCCGCUUGGUUGGUACACUUUAAAUCCCAAAAUGAACAUUUACUGAAUAAUCCAGAGUUUCAAAUUUCUCAAGAUUAUGUUUGGAGCAAACGUGAAACUACUCCAAAGGGUUCCCCCUUAAGUGAACUAGUCGAUCAUGGUGUAAACCGACUCAAAUAUGCAUCAGAGUGCGUUGUUGGUUUGGCUGAAGAAAUAAAACAUUUGAGUAGAAGUGGACACUGUAAAACCUUGGUAGCAAUUGAUGGCUUUAAUGCAUUUUUUUAUCCCCAUACUCGUGUCUUCAAAGAGAAAAAGGAAGUGGUUCCUCCUAACAAAGUGACAUUAACUGAAGCUUUUUUGAGUUUAACAAAGUUUGACUGGAAUAAUGCUGCCAUUGUAACGACUGUAGAUGAGAUCGCCAUUGCAGAACAGGAUCACAAAUCUCAUUUACCAAGGUAUCUUCUGAGAAAAGAAGGUUUUGAACACAUGGAUCCAUUUAUCCCUAUUUUUGUUGACAAUUAUUCACCCAAGGAAUUUACCAGUUGUAUGGAUUACUAUCGAGAAAGGAAGUGGGUGCGUUAUUAUCCACAACAAAACGAGGAACUCGCAUUAUUAAGUGUAAAUAAUCCGUAUAAUUUAAUGCACCUAUGUGCCUCCUUGUAAGAGUAAAAUGAGUAUUAAAGAAGCGAAUUGAUACAA